AUGCUCGACGAGAACCUGCCCACGUUCCACUACCGGGCCUCGACCGAGAAUCCCCUGUCCUCGAUCCUCUUCUACACCCAGCACGGCUCCGACCCGACGCCAGAGUAUGUCCUCAAGCGCGCCGACCCGGCCACCACGCCCGCCGCGCGCAACCGCUACGCCGCCGCCCUGACCGACCCCUACAGCCCGGACAUCGUCUUCGGCGAGGUCGUCGUCGACCCGGAGUGGCAGCAGCCGACCCUCUCGGCCGCCGAGAUCCGCGCCCAGGGCGGCCAGCAGCAGGGGCCCCCGCCCCCCCUGCCCGCCGUGCCCGACUCGUUCAGCAUCCAGCUGUACAACCCGGACCAGACGGUCCCCGUCCGCCUGCUGCCGGGGAGCUGGAACAAGACCGAGGCCUGGGAGUUUGAGAUGCCGACGCAGACCUUCCGCGUGCCCAGCGCCAGCCGGGUCGACCGCGAGUCCCCCCGCGCGCCCGGCGCGCCCUCGGCCGUCAGCGAGUUCGCGCCCAAGAUCACCUUCCGGUGGAAGAGGGACGGCCGCCUGUCCAAGGACAUGACGUGCUACAACGUCGGGCGCAGCCUCGGCAAGCACCGCAGCAAGGAGCCCGACAUCACCGUCGCCCUGUUCAAGUCGGGCCGCGAGUCGGCCGUCACCAUCUACGAGCCCAACCUGCAGCGCGUCGAGGUCGAGGACCGCAAGGGGCUCGACAUCGUCCUGCUCCUCGGCGCCGAGGUCAUCCGCGACCUCUACCUGGCCCCGCGCCAGGACCCCUUCAACGUCCAUGCUGCCGCCGCCGCCGCCGCCGACGCCGUCGCCAACGGGAAGAGGAAGAACUCGCGCCCCGGCGGCGCAUCGUCCGCGCCUCCGCUCGUCAUGUCCGGCGCCGCCGCCGGCCCGCCCCCCACCACCACCCUCGCCAACGGCCAGCCUCCCGCCUCCUCAUCAUCGGCGGCGGCGGCGGCGGCAGCGUACCAGCAGCAGCAGCAGAGCAACGGCCGCCCGGGCGCCCUCGACGCCGAGACGAAGCGCCUGCAGGCCAUGGUGGCGCAGGAGCAGAAGGAGCGCGAGAAGCGCGACCGCGAGGAGCAGAAGCGCAUCAAGAAGAUGCUCGAGGCCGAGGACAAGGAGCGCCGCCGCCGCGAGGCCGAGGUCGACAGGGAGACGGAGCGCCUCAAGAAGAUGUACGGCGUGCAGGGCCAGGACCUGCCCUCCAACGGCGGCGGCGGCGGCGGUAGGCCGCCGCCCCACCUCCCGCCCAGGCAGGCCGGCGGCGGAGGGCCGCCGCAGCAGGUGUCGUUUGCGCCGCUGCCGUAUCACAGCCCGCCCCCCGCGGGGCACACCAGCUGGUUCGGCCCGGCAGGUGGCCCGCCGCCUAUGCCUCCGCGGCCGGUGAGCGCGGGCCCGCCUGCCGUGUACGGCAGCAACACGUGGUACCAAGGCCCGGGCGGCGCGGGGCCGCCGUACGGGCCGCCGCAGCAGGCCCCGCCGCCGGGCAAGCAGGGGAAGCGCAGGAGCGGCUCGAACCCCUACGGCUCCGGGGCCGGGGCCGGGGCCGGGGCGAGCAUAAGCGGCUUCUUCCACCGGGAUCGAGGAGGCGGGGGAGGAGGAGCGGACCGCGACGACGGGGAGAAGAAGCGGAUCUUGAAGAAGAAGAGCACCAACUUUUAG